GUAAUGGGGAGGAGUUUCAGACAGACUGAGUUCAGAUCAGGACAGACUGAAGGACAAACAACCAGGAAGGAGGAGAAAAUAUAAUCAGCAAAACGUUCUGAGGAAAUACUGCAGAAAAUCGACACAUAUCGGUUAUUGUCAGCUGCAAGAGCAAUGUCUCUGUCUCCAGCUGCCUUGGCUGCACGUCGAGUGCUUGCCGCUGCGUCACACUCAAGCCAUGAGGGUGGAGCAAGGACCUGGAAGAUCCUCACCUUUGUGUUGGCCAUCCCUGGUGUUGCUGUCUGCAUUGCAAACGCCUACAUGAAGGCACAAGCGCACUCACAUGAGCAGCCAGAAUUUGUGCCGUAUUCUCACCUGCGUAUUCGCACCAAGAGAUUUCCCUGGGGAGAGGGAAACCACUCACUGUUCCACAACCCUCACACCAACCCUCUGCCCGAUGGUUACGAAAGCCACGAUCACUGAGAGGAUCAGUCACAUUUCUCAGUCUGCAGAGACCUUGGCUGAACUACUCUGAUUACGGGGCCAAGAGGCAGCGCCAAUAAAGCAAUGCACAUAAUCAGAAAUAAAUAUAUCUUGUGUUCAAUUA